AGUCCAGCAGCCAGUCGCAGCCAUGCAGGUCGCCGCGCUGCUCAUCUGUCUGCUGCUGACCGCGCUGACGUCACAGAUUCAGGCGCAGCCCGAACGCUGGGAGUUAAGCUGGAGGGAAAAGAAUCCAGAGGACACUAUUUCCACUUCAUCAGGUGAUGGUGUGUCAAAUGCUGAGAUUUAUGUAAGACCAGAAGUGCUACAACUGUUACGUCUUAGGAACAGACCCAUAAAAAAACACUUCAAUACUAUGCCAGCAUGGGUGCUAGGAAGUGAACAAGAAAAAUCAUCAGUGGUAAUUCUGCUGCCUGAAGGCUCAGCAGAUAAUGAACAGGUUUUCUGAUGUUCAGAUAGACAAUGGAAUUUGUUCUUUUAAACAUUGUGCCAAUGGAAAUAAAUAACAACAACAGAAAUUUACUGUACCUUAAAGAAAUAAUAUGUGCCAUUGAGCAGCUAUAUGUAAUAGGAAUAAUGUACAGAGUAACAGAAAUCAGACUGAAACUCCAUAUAAUACAUCAUAGACUUCUGUUGUCAAACCUCAUCACAGCUCUUCCAACCCACUUGUAUGAGCUUUUGCUUCUGAUUGGUUGAAAAGAAUGAACCGACAACCCUGAUAAAUUACAUCUCUAGUCUGACUGUAACUAUUUUUGCAAGCAGUCAUUGCUGUUUUCCUUCUUAGUUAUUUAUGAAUUUCAUGUACAAAGCAUAGGUUACAAGUGUGAAUAACCUUUACACACAUAAAAGUGAGUGAGUUAAAGAUGCAGUCAAAAUAUAUUGUACAUACGUUGAGUUGACUUCAACUCAUUUUUAGCUGUGUUUCUCUGUCACUCAAAUAACCCAUCAUUUUCUUCGUUAUUCAUCCAGUUUCAGCAGUUGCUCCAUUUCUGCUGACCUUGUUAUCAGUUUCAUGUGCAUAUUUCUAAGAUACCUCUCAUGUGUGAAGAGAAAUUUUGAAUGAAUGAUCAUGUGAUACUGGGCAAUAAUCUAAGGAAGUGAACUAAGAUUCUCCCUCAUGUACCUUAUCGAAGUUCUUAUAGCCCUUGUCUUAAAUUAGAAAUCUUCAUUGGUAAUACCAGUUAAUUCUCUUCUUUAUGCUGGAUAGCAAUUAUUAUAAACAGUUGCAUCUUCAUUGUCAUUAUUUAUUAAAUAAGUAAGGAUUUGUACUAUCAAUGCUUAUAAAAAUGAAAAAACAGAAACUGUUACCAGGGUUUGCUGCAUUACACCAUCAUGGUUGGAAAAAGCUUAUAAAUGAUGCCGUACCUUACCAUUCAGUUCUUAAAUUGUAAUGCAUCUAACUGUACCUUCUUUUUUUAUUUCUCUAAAAAGUUUUCCAUAAAUUAAGUAAAGUUUCUCACUUUGCCAUCACAACUUGCUCUCACCUUUCUCAUUGUUUUUAUUAAUGUGGCUUUCUUACUUUCUGCCUUAAUAUUUUAUUACAGGUACCUCUAUAAUUAUAAUUCCAUUCACUUUGGGAAAAAAUAUGUUUGCAUAUCUUUGAUCCUACCUUAUCUGAUAUGUUUACCAAAGCAUACCUUGCUGUAAAACUGAGCAGGUAUGACUUUUGUGUGAGUGCAGUUUUUGCCUAGUUGUAGUGGACUAUAAUGCAAGUUCCCUGACAUUCACAAGCAAUUUUCAUCAUUUAUAGUCUCCAAAUUAUGACACUUAUUUUUUUCUGUUCUAAUGGAAGUAUACACUUUUUUUCUGUGGCACUUGAAAGAAGCUUCUAAGAGAACUUCAAUGACAGAGCAUGUGUGGGACUUGGUCAAAUAUUAUCAGAAUAACAGCACUGCAAACCAUUGUACCACCACCAGGAGAAGAGAUUCCAUCAACAUCUGCCCUGUUAUACUGAAUGUAAGCAAACGCAAAACUCAGGUAUGGUUCUUGUGUUUACCUGAGUGCAUGUAGCCCACCAGUCUGUGUUCUGCUGUUGUAGCAAUCAGACAACUUGCUUGUAAAACUAUUGACACACUCACAUUGUGCAUUGAGCAUUGUUUAUGGUGAACAUUGUGAAACUGAUAGAGAAGUGGUGCAGUUGUACAUUGAAGAGUGUCCAGAUUGUGCCAAGCAGUCAUGCUCUAUCUUUGUAAACGUUAUAAAUAAAGUUCUAGAAACUUGAAGUGUGGAGAGUAAAAUAUGCCAAGGGAAAAGAAGAGCAACUGAUGAAAGAUACUAAACUAACAUUUUAAAGGGGUAACACACAAUGCAAAUGUCACUAACUGGUAGUUCGGAAGUACAAGAGGUAUCAAUCAAAUGUGCAUUUUGCGAACACUGGAUUCCAUCAUAUUUCGUCUUCUUCAAAUUUCACUACAUCUACAGCUUCAUGGCAGUGACUAUACAAAUUUGAUUACAGCCCUCUCAAUGUUAUCUACAAAAAGUGCAAAGUGAGGCGGCAUAUCUAAGCAAAAUUUUGUUUAAGGAAGAAGCAUCAUUUGCAAACUGUAGGCAAGUCAGUCUUCAAAUGUUUCAAAUGGUUCUGAGCACUAUGGGACUUAACAGCUAUGGUCAUCAGUCCCCUCGAACUUAGGACUACGUAAACCUAACGAACCUAAGGACAACACACAACACCCAGUCACCAUGAGGCAGAGAAAAUCCCUGAUCCCGCCGGGAAUCGAACCCGGGAACUCGGGCGUGGGAAGCGAGAAUGCUACCACACGACCACGAGCUGCGGACAAGUCAGUCUUCACAAAGUGCACCAAUCAUCAGUUGAAAAUCCGUGCUGACUCAAAGAAUGUUCUUGGUCUUUCAAUAUUUGGUGCAUGCUUUUCAAAACCUGCAACACUGGUCUCUGUGUUAUUGAUGGAAUUCUAAAUUCAUUCAAGUAAUGUGAGUUCCUAAGAUAUACUACUGCUGCAGUUAUUGGAAGACUUCCCACUGAACAUAAGGCAGUCAGUGUGGUACCAACAUGAUGGAUAUCCCUCUCAUUCCACACAUAUGUUGACAGGCCCUCUUAAGAGGGCAUUUGGAGAGCAUUGGAACAGUUGUUCAGGAAAUGCAAAAUGGUCUACAGACUCACCUAACUUAACACAUCUACACCUUUAUCUGUGGUGAGAUUUAAUGCAAGAAGUUUAUUACAAAACACUGAUGACUCCCAAAGAAAUGAAAUGCCUUGUAACACAUUGAUUUCAGAUGAAAUUCAAUGUGCAGGCUGUUUCACCAGAAUCACUUCAUAGUGUGCAGCAAUGCUCAAGGAAACAUUUUAAGCACAUGGUAUGAUAGCCAUGAUAAUACACAUAAAAACCAUACCCUGAGUUCUGUCCUUGCUUACAUUUGGGGUAAUAUGGCAGACAUUCAUGGAACUUCCUCCCCUGAUGGUGAGACAGGUCCAUGGUGCUGUUAUCUUGUUAGUGUUUGAUCAUGUCCAUGGAACCUCUUUCCCUGAUGGUGAGACACAUUCAUGGUGCUGUUAUCUUGAUGGCCGGCCGCAGUGGCCGAGUGGUUCUAGGCACUUCAGCCCAGAACUGCGCGACUGAUAUGGUCGCAGGUUCAAAUCCUGCCUCGGGCAUGGAUGUGUGUGAUGUCCUUAGCUUAGUUAGGUUAAAGUAGUUCAAAGUUCUAGGGGACUGAUGACCUCAGAUGUUAAGUCCCAUAGUGCUCAGAGGAAUUAGUUAUCUUGAUACUGUUUGGUCAUGUCCCAUGCAUGUUAUGUCAAUAAAAAUUACUUGUGAAUAUUGGGAAAUUCACUGUAUUGUCUGCUAUAACUUGAAAAAAUGUAGCGUCUCAAUAUGUUUAUUCAUUCUGGACAUAUUUGUGAUGGCUUACCUUAGCUGCCUCAAUCUAUCUAGAGUAAGUUCUGUUGUAGGUGGUGUAUAAUUGCCUUACUCCAAUCCAUAGAUAAUGAAUCUUGGUUGUGUGGAUGAAUCAUAUGGGUUCCUUUUGUGCUGCUAAUGCAGUUGUGUGUUACACACUAAUAACAAGAAACACGUAAAUCUGAUACUUGUCUGUUAUUUUGAUGAUACACAAGAUUCACUAACAUAUUUAUUAGUGGUGCUCUAUACCACUCAUAUAUAGUUUUAUUCUACAACAAAAUUCUCACAGCUUAUUUUUCUGUUUUUAACUUUCUACCAAUUUUUCUUGGUAGAAAUACGUGUAUA